AUGACUGACGACUCCAGCAUACGGCCACGGCUUGCUGACCAGUCUUGCCGUUUAGACUCGUUUCAGGAGCCUUGUAGUAUCAACGGCACGGCUACUCCAGAAUCCUCUCCUGCCAUCGACCAGCAAGCGAUCCUUGAGGAUACAGCCGUUCAGGGCCGGUCUAGUACUCGAGGAGACCUCCAACAGAGCUUCCUCGGAUCUAUCUUGAACAGCCGACACUUUCGACAUGCAAUACAUCACGACCCGACGCCAACCCCAGUCAAGAAUGCCGCUCUGCCGGUGGAGCGUAUGCAAGAUGAGUUGCCACGGAUCACCGAAACCAGGAGUGAACAGCCGUCUUUACGCGUUAAAAGACCUCGAAAAGUCCAGUUGACUGCUGCCAACAGCUUAAAAAGCCCACCAGGAGGCACUGAUGGCACUGUAGAUCGGGUCUUAAGACGAGGGCAGCGCAGCAAAUUUACGGGGGCUAUAUUCAUCCACGCCGGCGCCGGGUUCCACAGCCAUCAGAACGAGCGAGUUCACCUCGAAGCUUGUAAUGACGCAGCAACUAUGGGCAUGAAGUUUCUCAGAUCUGGUGCAUCGGCUACUGAGGCUGUUGAAGCUGCUCUCCGUGUCCUAGAAGACAAAGAAAUCACCAACGCUGGCUAUGGCUCCAACCUGUCCAUAGAGGGAACAGUAGAGUGCGAUGCCACUAUUGUCGACUAUCUUGGACGAAGUGGUGCGUGCGGAGCUGCGCCGAAUGUUCGAAAUCCUAUUUACGAUGACUCACCGCCGCUGGACAUGAUCACUGACACUAUUGGUGCCAUCGCCAUUGAUGAUGCAGGUCAUAUCGCCGCUGGCUCCUCGUCAGGCGGUAUCGGCAUGAAGCACUGCGGGCGGCUUGGUCCGGCCGCUUUGGUGGGCAUUGGCACUGCCGUUGUUCCCAGCGAUCCAAGCGAUCCCGAAGGCAUCUCCGUUGCAACCGUCACCAGCGGCACAGGUGAGCACAUGGCGACCACCAUGGCAUCUCAGAGGUGCGCCGAGCGAAUUUACAGCGGUACGCGUCGCGGUGUGCACGGCCGAGAUGUUCAAGAAGACGACGAGGACCUCAUUAUGGAGUCCUUCAUCUCCAAUGAUUUCAUGGGACACCCAGGUGUCCGGAAUUGCAACUCUGUGGGAGCGAUUGGGGUCAUGACGGUGAAGAAGACGCGCACUGGGUACUACCUCUAUUUUGCACACAACACUGAUUCCUUCGCGCUGGCUUCCAUGGGCGGUGCCGACAAGGAGCCUCAAUGUGUCAUGUCCCGGCUUGGUAAUACCGAGCAGGUGACCCGUGGGGCGCGCAAGAUUUCUGUCGGAGGGUAG